AUGGUGACAUCCUCAGCCUGCAAGCACAGAUUGCUUCCUCGAUGCAGUCGGCAUGAAUUUUCUGACGGUGCUCUGCCUUGCGGCCGUCGCGGCCAGCUGCUCCGGCCAGGUGCCUACCUUGCCCGGCAUCUUCGGCGCCUUCCCCGGUCUCUACCACGGCCUGUUCACCAAACACCCGAGCCUCCUUCGGUACGGCACGCGCGCUCCUCACCGGGCAUCUGGCAGACGUUCAUACAGUCUGCGCCGCAAGGGACUGUCGCCCACCAUGGCGCCGUCGCUACGCCCGUCACUCUGCAAAGCCAUGUGCCGACUCAGGUCACACUCAAGCAUGUGUCGUCCUUACCUGUAUACUUCAACUCGCUGGCAAACAACCAAGUCUUGCUUCAGUCACCAGCCCAAACACCCGUUACGCUGAAGGUGGCUGUUCCCACGUCUGCCGGCGCUGCGGGCUUCGGACCCAUCGUGCUCAAAGCUACGUCUGACAGUCUCAAGGUCGGAGAUCCCAAGGUUGUCCAAAACCUGGCCCCUACACCUGUCAGUAUUGCACCUAUCGCACCUGUCAUUUACAAGGCAGAAACACCUGAUGAAGAUAAGGACGAAGAUACACAAACUGUCAGCUUCAGGACUUCCGUUCCUGCAACUUUCCAGGCUGUGGCUCCAGCGCCCGUCACUUACAGUGUAGCAGCGCCCACACCUGUCAAUAUCGAGGGUGCCGUCCCUGCCCCUGUUGUUCAAGCCGUUACCUUCGGUUCAUGCCCCUCUCACUGUAGCAGCUGCUGCGCCUGCUCAAGUCACUUAUGCAGCUGCUGCACCUGCUCCUCUUACUGUAGCAGCUGCUGCCCCUGCCCAAGUCACUUAUGCAGCUGCUGCACCUGCUCCUAUUACUGUAGCAGCUGCUGCCCCUGCCCAAGUCACUUAUGCGGCUGCUGCACCUUGCUCCUAUUACUGUAGCAGCUGCUGCCCCUGCCCAAGUCACUUAUGCAGCUGCUGCACCAGCCCAUGUUAGGAUUGCAGCUGCAGAGCCAGCUCCUCUCCCUGUAGCAGCCGCUGCACCUGUCACCCUGAAUGCAGC